UGCACAUCUUUGUCAGUGAACAAAAUGGCAACCUACUGUCUAACUGUAGCCAGGCUUCAGCUGGCCCUGGGCCAGGGUGCACGGCGCCUGCAUGUAUCAGCAGCUUACAGAGCCAAGGCCAAAGUGUCUAUGAGCCGGUUUGAGCCCACCUCUUUCGUCGGCUACGAGAAGCUCCAAUCCAACGUUGACAUUGUGCGAAAAAGGCUCAAUCGGCCGCUCACGCUGUCAGAGAAGAUCGUUUAUGGCCACCUCGAUGACCCCAAGAACCAGGAGAUCGAUCGUGGUCGCACUUACCUUCGGCUGCGUCCCGACCGCGUGGCCAUGCAGGAUGCCACGGCCCAGAUGGCGAUGCUCCAGUUCAUCAGCAGCGGACUGCCGAAAGUGGCCGUGCCCUCCACCAUCCACUGUGAUCACCUGAUCGAGGCCCAGAUCGGAGGGGUGAAGGAUCUGGCCAGGGCGAAGGAAGUAAACCAUGAGGUUUACAACUUCCUGUCCAGUGCUGGGGCAAAAUAUGGAGUUGGCUUCUGGAAACCAGGCUCUGGAAUCAUCCACCAGAUCAUUCUGGAGAACUACGCCUACCCAGGAGUGAUGCUUAUUGGCACAGAUUCCCACACACCAAACGGUGGCGGGCUCGGUGGGAUCUGUAUUGGAGUUGGAGGAGCCGAUGCUGUCGAUGUCAUGGCAGGAAUUCCAUGGGAGCUCAAGUGUCCCAAGGUGAUUGGAGUGAAGCUGACAGGCACUCUCUCUGGCUGGACGUCUCCUAAGGAUGUCAUCCUGAAGGUUGCUGGCAUCCUGACAGUGAAGGGAGGCACUGGAGCCAUUGUAGAAUACCAUGGACCAGGAGUCGACUCCAUUUCCUGCACUGGAAUGGCCACCAUUUGCAACAUGGGAGCAGAAAUCGGAGCCACGACCUCAGUAUUCCCGUACAACCACCGCAUGAGAACCUACCUGGAGAAGACAGGACGUGGACAGAUCGCUGCCCUGGCUGAUGAAUACUCCGACUUGUUGGUACCAGAUGAAGGCUGCGAGUAUGAUCAGACCAUCGAGCUCAAUCUGGACGAGUUGAAGCCCCACAUCAACGGACCAUUCACCCCUGACCUGGCUCACCCAGUGUCUGAAGUAGGUGCUGUCGCUGAGAAGAACGGCUGGCCGCUGGAUGUCAAAGUUGGUCUGAUCGGCAGCUGUACCAACUCCAGCUACGAGGACAUGGGCCGCGCUGCUUCUAUCGCCAAGCAGGCUUUGGAUAAAGGCCUGAAGUGUAAAGCUCAGUUCACAGUCACCCCCGGCUCAGAGCAGAUCCGUGCCACCAUAGAGAGAGAUGGAUAUUCAAAGAUCCUUGGAGAUGUUGGAGGUGUGGUCCUGGCAAACGCAUGCGGGCCCUGCAUUGGACAAUGGGACAGGCGUGAUGUGAAGAAGGGAGAGAAGAACACCAUCGUCACCUCCUUCAACAGAAACUUCACUGCCAGGAAUGAUGCUAACCCUGCAACACACGCUUUUGUUACCUCCCCUGAGAUUGUCACUGCCCUUGCCAUCGCUGGCACGUUAAACUUCAACCCAGAGACAGAUUACCUUACAGCCCCUAACGGUGAGAAGUUCAAGCUUGAGCCCCCUAGCGGAGAUGAACUCCCUGCCAGGGACUUUGACCCAGGUCAGGACACCUACCAGCACCCACCUGCGGACGGCACCAGCCUCAAAGUGGACGUCAGCCCUCAGAGCAACCGGCUCCAGCUGCUGGAGCCCUUCGACAAAUGGAGCGGAAAAGAUCUGGAUGACAUGCUGGUCCUCAUUAAGGUGAAGGGCAAAUGCACCACAGACCACAUCAGUGCCGCCGGGCCGUGGCUGAAGUUCCGUGGUCACUUGGACAACAUCUCCAACAACAUGCUUAUCGGUGCGGUCAACAGCGAGAACGAUGCCAUCAACAAGAUCAAAAACCACCUGACAGGAGAGUAUGGAGGAGUCCCUGAUGUCGCCCGUCACUACAAGGCCAACAGCGUGUCGUGGGUUGUGGUCGGAGAUGACAACUACGGCGAGGGCUCCAGCAGGGAGCAUGCGGCGCUGGAGCCCAGGCAUCUGGGAGGAAGAGCCAUCAUUGUCAAGAGCUUCGCCAGAAUUCAUGAAACUAACCUUAAGAAGCAGGGUCUGCUCCCACUGACCUUCAGCAACCCGUCAGACUACGACAAGAUCCGUCCUGAUGACAAGAUCUCCAUCAGGGGACUCAAAUCCUUCGCUCCAGGAAAACCUCUGACCGCAGUCGUGAAGCACAGCGACGGCAGUGAGGAGACCCUGCAGCUCAACCACAGCUUCAACGAGACACAGAUCCAGUGGUUCCAGGCAGGCUCAGCUCUCAACAGGAUGAAGGAGCUGCAGCACUGAGGAAGAGGAGUAGGGAGACAACGUGAGGAGGAUUGUGGGGGAAGAAGGGGGAUGAGGAAUGUUGACGACUGCUCCAUCAUCUGCAUUAGCAUACAGUUUGGACUGAAGUAACGCGUCUGUAUACCUCGAAGAGUUCAGCGUAGUGUACUUGAAGGUGUCGUAAGCUGCUGCGUUUCUAGGUCAAACGGUGAUAAAAUGGUUAGAAAUCAAUCUGUUGUAAAAACAAAGCGGACACACACGCACACACACACACACUCUGACAUACUAAGCUUUGACCCACUUGGUGACAUAAUACGCUGCUGGUGUUUUCUCAGCUGUUCAAACAGGUCAGUACAGCACGGACUCCACUUCACACUGGAGCUGGAGGAUGGCGGUCAGUCACCUUGUUGCUUUCCGAUUGUGUUGCUCACUGCAUGGCAAUCAUAGGCUUUAGUCAGCCGUCGUCAUUCAGCCUGUUCCUGUGUUAUUUAAAGCCCACCCAGGGACACUGCGGUUACUUGUAUCUCUGGGUCCAUUGGUUGUUUUGUGAAACUGUACUUGCAAUGAUUAUAUGGAUCCAGAAUAAAACUUGUACACACACACACACACACACACACACAGACUCAUUCAUCCACUCAGAUACGUCCAGUUAGCCUGUCUGCUUCCUAGUGAUUUCCUGUAAAUGUCCACUAUGAAAGCAGCACCCAGUGACAGCAGUCUCUGCAGCUUGUUGAAAUGUAUUCUGGGAAAGGAAGGAAAUCAAAUAAAGGCAUGAGGCAGUUUGAGAGAAGGUGGAUUCAACAUGAAACUGAGCUAAGCUAGCAGAGCAUAAGGUGUGGGAUGCAUUGAACAUCACCGAUUGAUUACUGUACAACAGUGAGUCCUAUGUUUUCAUCCAUCACAGUACAAGAAGCGUUGCAGACAUUUCCUAAUACACAAAAGAACUUGUUUGCUGCGUACAAAUAUAAGAGACCUUACCCUCUUCUUCCCUGACUCCAUCCUUAACCUCCCCUCCUGAUCAGUCCUAACCUCUUUACAAGGUCAAACCCAUCCAAAGGUUUUUUUCCCAUUGUUUGUUUAUUUAUUUAUACUUAUCCUCCUGGAAGGUCCAGAUCCUGUAUGAUUUCCUUUCAUAAAGGUUUCUGUCUUCACGCAGAGGGUAAACUUGGACUUAUGUCCUCUUCCAUCCUGUAUUUUCAGUGCCCUUGUUUUUUUUUCUGGUAACAUUUGUUGCCUUUACCCCAACACAAAUGAAACUUUAUUGAAAAAAAAAAAAUAAAGGAACAGUACAUUGAGUUCUGUAAUGGUGAUAUUGCUGUUACUGUAAAUGACUGUGUGCUUGAUUUAAGUCAUGUGGCUGCUCAAAAGAGUUUUUGGUCGAUAUAAUUAACUGACGUUCUCUCCAAAACCUCAACAUGGAAAAUCAAAUCAGAAAGAUUUGUUUAUUUGUUUUUUGUUUUUGUUUUUUUUUUUUGUUCCUCAUGUUCCUUCACUUCCCCCAGUCCCUGCAAACAAAAUGCAUCAACACAAGGAACAAAUGAAGGCUCAAACCACUCCAUUCUUCACUCCCACUGUAUGUAAAGUGUCUGGUCCAAUGUACAUUUACGUGUUUGUGUUUUUUGUUUCUCCCAGAUUAACUUUUCUGUAUUACAGAAAUGCCAAUGGGUUGUAAAAUAAAAAUUCACAGAUCUCA